CUAACCUUUAAGACUGUUUUUUCCCUUCUCUGCAACGCUGAUGUAACUGCACGGCGAGGCUAAGGUUAACGGAGGAAGGAGUGGCGCAAGAAGUAGCUGAAGACCAAAAACCAACCCUCUCAAGCCACUAGAGAUUGGAUUCUAUAAGCUCUCAAUGAUAUAAUGGAACCAUGCAGCAAAGAAAGUGUUGAUUUCUCGACAGAUCUUAAUAAGAAUAACUCCGUUUCUGCGACUAUUUCCGACCCAAAAAUUCUCGAUUGCCACAACUGUUUCAAACCCCUAUGUGCUCCCGUCUUUCAGUGUGAAAAUGGUCAUAUUGCUUGCUCUACCUGCUGUUCUAAAUUUGAGAACAAAUGUCACAAGUGUAGCAAAUGUUCAAUGGACAUUAUAUUACAACGUUGUAGAGUCAUUGAGAAUCUAUUGCAAUGUAUCGAAAUACCAUGCCCAAAUGAAAAACAUGGUUGCAAGGAGACAAUAACUUAUAGUAGAAAGAGAAACCAUGAAGAAGAAUGUGUCUAUGGGCCAUGUCACUGUCCUCAUCCAGAUUGUGACUUUGUUGCAAUACCAGAAGAGUUGUCCAAACAUUUCAGCAAUAAACACCGGAGUUCUCGGAUCAAAUUUUCUUAUGGCCAGUUCUUCACUCUCUCCUUGAAGUCUUAUGAUGAAACCAUUGUUCUUCAAGAGGAAAUGGAUGACAAAUUAUUUAUUCUCAAUCAUAGUUCUACAAUUCUGGGAACUGCAGUGAAUAUUAACAUCAUUGAUUCUAUUUCUUCGGAAUCUGAGUAUGGUUAUGUUAUUUGGGCUAAGUCCAAGAAAUGCUGUAUGAAGUUACAUGCCUCUGCAGAAAGUGUCCGACGGGUAACUUCCCCCAUACUUUCAUCAGAAUUCCUCAUGAUUCCAUCUGGUUAUAUUAAUUCUUCUCCAUCCACCGAACUAGAAAUUCGCAUAACAUUCAAGAUGCAAAUAUUCAUUCAAACAGUGUCCAGAAAGAGGAUUAUCCUGAAGGUGGAUAGUUUAGAUACAAUAGCCAGUGUGAAGGAGAAGAUUCACGACAAGAAUGUGCGCCAACAAUGUUUGUUCUUUGAUGGUAAGGAACUAGAGGACCUCCGCUCCAUCGCCGAUUACAACAUUAAAGAGAAUUCGAUCCUCCACCUCAUCAUUGGCCCCCCUCCUCCUCAGCCCCCAUUCCUGUUCCAUCAAUUUGGACUAUAAUCACCAUAGCAGUAGAGAAAUAAGACAUUAUUGAUAACAUUAGGAUUUGACUUUUUAUUUUUUUAUUUAUGGAUUUGAAUAAUGAUCUCUUUUAUAAACUAUUGUAAUAAAUUCAUCUACAAAUUCUUUAAACUCGUUGGAAAA